AUGUCCCUAUUCUCCAUCAUCAUCUCACUCUUCCUUUUGGUCUCAGCCACUGCUCUACAGGUCACGCCCAACUCGCCCUGUUCUCAGUUUUGCUUUGACAGCUCUAAUACCAAUUCAUCCGAAACCCGUGGUGACGAGAUCGUCUGCAAUGACGAUGACUUCAAGAGAAAGGCUGAGGGUCAAAAGUUCCAGAGAUGUCUAGCUUGCUUGCAGGACAGUUCUUUCAAGCAAGGUAACGAAAGUGACCAGGACUGGUUCUUGUACAACAUGCGUUACUCCUUCGAUUAUUGCAUCUUUGGUUAUCCCAAUGCAACCGACAUCUCAUCGGGCCCAUGCAUCACAUCUGAAGCCUGUGGCCCCAUUGGAAACGCUUUGAAGAAGGGCAUCACAGAGCCCGACGACAGAAAACAGUAUGACUACUGUGACACCGACGACAAAGCCAUGCUUGGUGACGCGGUUGCUAAGUGCCAGGCUUGUGUCAAGGCCGAUAGCACCCAUACCAUCAUAUCUAAUUUUCUUGUUGCUCUUGAUGCUGGAUGCCAGCAACGUCCCAAACCAGGAACCCCUAUUGGCCUCAACGACACUGUCUUCAGCGAGAGAACCAUCUCGAUCCUAGACCCUUCUGCUUCUGUUGUUCCAGGAGACAGCCAUGACCUCCCCAACACCUCGAUUGCUACCAUUGCUGUUGGUGCAUUCGCUUUCCUUCUUAUUUCUGCAGGUUGCAUCUUCAUGCAACGUCGUAAACACAACAAAAAUUCCGCCCGCAACCGACGCUCCUCUCUUUCGUUCCGCUGUCAGACCCGCCUUACACCAAUGACACCUGGCUUUCAUAACCUCCCACCAUACAUGGACGAAGAGCGAAAUCUGUCCAAAUCUUCGUUCUGGAGCCAUCGCAACGCAAUGAGAGGUUCUCUCGACAGCCAUAAACUUGGCAUUGUCACUACCACUAUUCCCCAUCCCCCUCCUACGAGAGCUAUUGUACACACCCCAAACCGCGAAGACUCAUCACCCACAGAGAGCAUAUCAAGCUCCUCCAACGCUCCUUUGCUAUCCAAUUCAGCUGGACCGCAGUGCAGUACGCCAGGUAUUGCGUCUCCGCUGUUCAGCCCUGGUUUCUCUAUCACAACACCACGCUCGGCCACCUUUCCGCGUGAAUGCCACGAUAGCAACAACCCCUGGGUGCAGCAGCAGAACAACUCAAGCAAAGGCUUUUUAAAAAAGAAGAAGUCUAGAGACUCGCAAGCUCCGAGCGAGACACGAAAUAUUAAAAUUGUGUUCGAUCCACCGCCCAAGAGGGCUAGAUGA